AUGGGCCGGGGGAGCUGUGUGGCUUGAGGGGGGUGGGAUGGUGGCAGAGAGGAGCCGCCGCCGGAGGCUGCCCGGCCGCCUUCCCUAAGAGAUGCACGUGUGGAUGUGCAAACUGGGUCGCCAGGAUCAGGGACUGUAGAUUGGGAGUGGGCGCUGCAAAUCCUCGGGAUCGGGGCUACUGCUGGUGCCGCCGCCCCCUGUGGACUCUCGGCCGCCUCACCCCGUCCCAUGGAGCUAGAGGGGCAGUGGUGGAAAGGACAGUUGGCUGCCGACAUCCACCAAGCGCUUCGCUAUAAGGAGCUGAAACUUCCCUCUUAUAAAGGCCAGUCUCCCCAGUUAAACCUGAGAAGAUAUUUUGCAGACUUGAUUGCUAUUGUGAGCAAUCGCUUCAGACUCUCUCCUGCUGCCCGACAUCUUGCUGUUUACCUGCUGGACCUCUUCAUGGAUCGCUACGACAUAUCCAUUCAACAGCUACAUGUGGUUGCUCUUUCCUGCUUGCUUUUAGCAAGCAAAUUUGAAGAGAAAGAAGACAGUGUGCCUAAACUUGAACAGCUAAACAGCUUGGGUUGUAUGACUAACAUGAACUUGGUAUUAACAAAACAGAAUUUACUGCACAUGGAGCUACUGCUGUUAGAAACCUUUCAGUGGAAUCUCUGCCUUCCGACUGCUGCUCACUUCAUUGACUAUUAUCUGUCCAUUGCCGUUCAUGAAUCAGAUCUCCAUGAUGGGUGGCCGAUGGUUUGCUUGGAAAAGACAAAGCUGUAUAUGGCAAAAUAUGCCGACUACUUUUUGGAAGUAUCUCUGCAAGAUCACGCAUUUUUAAAUUAUGCCCCUUCGUUAGUGGCUGCUGCGUGUGUGGCUUCUUCAAGGAUUAUCUUGCGCCUUUCUCCAACAUGGCCAGUGCGACUCCAUCGUCUUACUGCAUAUUCCUGGGAUUUCCUGGUGCCAUGCAUUGAACGACUAUUGGUUGCCCAUGACAAUGACGUAAAAGAAGCCAACAAGCAAAAAGGACAACACGGUUCUCAGGCUCCACCACACAGUUUAUUUCAGACAACACCUCAGCCGCCUCAGCAAACACAUAUACAGCAGCACAUUUCCCAGUACGUUCAAGCACAUCCUACUCCUCUACAGUACCAUCAUCAAACUGGACAGCAGCAAAAUUGUCAGCAAAUUGUGUCAUCUGGGCACACAUCGUCUUACCCACUGCAGACUUGCCCAGGUGGUUUACAAGGUGGUAUUCAGGCUCGAGGUCAUAUACAGACUGCUACAGGGGUGUCGUUGGCUGUACCCAUAGAAGUGAAGCCAUGUUUAAGUGCUUCCUACAACCGAAGCUACCAGCUUACUCGACGUUACUCUUGCAUUACCCCUUGUUUUGAGAGGUGAUAACUAUAGAUUCAGUAGAACCAUACGUUCUGUCAGCAUGCCAGCAAAUGAGGGCUGCAAUCCGUCAUUAAUCCUUUAUAAUAGAAGAGGAAAGAUGAAAUGCAAAUUCUUUCAAGAUGGUAGCUCAGAUCCCGCAGAUAUGAGCACAUUAGCAGAAAAAAUUGUUUGACACUGAUGGGGAAAAACUGCUGGAGCACAAAAGUUCUGUUUUCAGCUGAAGACUUCCCUCAAAAACUGGACUAAUUCCAAGACUGUCUUCCCAGGAAGAGGCUGUGUAGCUUCUGAAGACCACUAUUUCUACACAUUUCCAUACAGUAUUGAACCAGACAUUGAAGUCCACCAAGUGCCAUGCUUUUCCAAAUGAGAGAGAGCAUUGUGGGUAGAGAAGAGUGUUUUUCAAAACCACGGAGAGCCACAUGGGAGAGAGGGGUGAACCUCUUGAUCUAACUCGGUAGUUCAGUUCUCAUCCAUGUUUGUAGAUGUGGGUUUAGUGUUAAAAUAUCCUUGGAUUAAGCUUCUUUAUGUCUUUGAAUUCAAAGUUACUGUCUUUUGUUUUUUGGAAACAGUUUAGAGGUAAAUUCAUACUAACUCAGGGAAUUAUUUAAAAAACUACUGUGAUACUAGUGUAUACCCUUUUGCUCAGGAUCACUACAGUAGCAAAUACCAAAGGGAGUUGAGAUACUCAUGCAGACUACUCCCUUAAUCUCGAAGCGUGCUUUGUAAUGAAAGGUAGAAGAAUAACUUGCUAUUUUUAAAUGGAGCUAAUAACAAACAACAGUUAAUGGAACGUUGUUUGAUUUUCCUCUAGGUUAUGCAACAAAUACCAAAACAGGUCUAAUUUUUAUUGUAUGAAUUCUCUGCUCCUUGUGUAGGAGGGUGAAGUACAGUUUAAGAAGAAAUCCAGAUUUACCAGACAGCUGUAGUGUGGGUAGGAAGAAGAAACACAAGUUCUCAGGUUAUACCAAGGCAGCUAGGUUUCCCAUUUGCAAACAUCUACAAACAGGGUUCUGUGUUUUAUUAUUAUCGAGUCAAAAAUACCUUCUGGUGUCAAUUAGACAGUUAUGUUAAUGGUGCUAAUGCCAUAGCUAUCAGAAAUUGUGAUAGUCUCUUCAUGUUUAAAUUUGUAUUCCGUGUUCCUGCCAGAAGCAGGAACAGGUGGUAAAGGUAUUAUAGAGAAAAUCUCCUCCAGUUUGCACAAUUGGAUAAUUUAACUCUUUAUAUGAUGAGGCUAAAUCCACAGAGGACUAGAUUGGGAGUACACGGGUAGUGCUCCCAUGGUGAGGGUUGACAGUAAUUUCUAAAUACUAUUGGGAUGAAACAUGAUUAUGGAAGUUUUGUUUAAUGACAGACUUUCCUUGGGAAAGAAAUGACUGCUCCUGAACAUUUGGCAUUUGGAGGGAAAAGGCAAAGCUUGCUCUUAGAGGUGAAUGUGCUGCAAGAAAAUGUUUAAGUUAGAGGAGAAGCAAUCCUCUGUUGUUGGCAAUUAUUUUAUAUGAUUAAAAAUAUAUAUUUUCAGGGUAAUUGUUGACAGAAAUGUGGUGUCACAGUGGGAACAUCUUUUAUAUGAUAGGGAAUGCCCUUGCUGUGUCUUCCCUAAUCAUUUUACUGUUUCCCUGUUAACUUUCUGACUGCCUUGAGAGGGAAAAAUAUAGGCUAGAUAAAAGAGUAAAGGGAGACACUGUUCAGUGGUUUAAACUUGUGGCAUUUCAUUUUAUAUUUGGAGAUGGAAAGCUGGAGAAUAUAUCUGAAAGGGAAAGAUAAUCAUCUCAGUUUGCAAUACUUAAUACUCUCCUUCAUUUAACUACCUCAAUAAGGCUUUGAAUGUACAGUCCUGUGGCGAUCCGUGACUUGAAAUAACAGCAGGUUGCUUCAAAGAUUCUGACAUUGGCUCCGCUUUCAUUUUCCAUGUGUGAGGUGGCGAUGUAGUUACUAAUACAUCGGUCUACUUUGUAGGCUUUUACACUCAGAUAUUAGUUAAUAAUUAACACUGGAAUUAUGGGUGAGGGUGGGAAGGGUGAUUUGUCUAGUUAAAACAGCAAAGCAAAAAAAGGAAAUUGAGUGUUUUGUUUAAGUCACUAGGUUUAAUUGUUAAAGGGUUCACUACAUGCUAUUGAGUUUGGAGUUUGUUUCGUUUUGGUUUACUUUUUAUUUAUAGCCUGUUAAGUUUGACAUUAUCCCAACAAUGGAAUAUGCACUGUGAACCAUUUCCAGUUGUUCAAAAAAGCAGCUUGAUCAAUCUCCGCUGAAGCCACACACUACUUGAAAUUCUGACUGCAGGUAUUAAAAUGUGUGUGUUGGGAGAGAUAUCCACAACAAAGGGGACUCCAGAUGAGUGCCAUGCACUCUUUUUAAAAAUAAAACUAGUUUUGAGUAAAUCUC